AAGAUGGAAAUGGUGCUGAAGAAAUGUUCUGCCGUCUUCGGCUGUGGAAGAAACCAGAACGAGGCCGAAGAUGCUUGCGAGGCCAAAGACGAGUACAUGAUCCGCAACGGAGCUCUGCUGCUGCAGAUGCAGAUCUCCUCUGGUCACGGAAAAGGAUCCGCCAGCGAACCCAUCAGAUCUUUCUCCGCCCGGGAGAUCAAGGAAGCCACCAACAACUACGACGAUCGCCUUAUCCUAGGCCCGAAGUUUUAUAGCACUGGAUACAGGGGAACUCUGGAAGAUGGCCGUGUGGUUGCCGUCAAGUCCCCUCGAGGCCAGCAUCCUAAUGGACAGGUCAUCGAUUUCUUCCUGAACCAGGUGGUGAUCAACCAGAUUAUCAACCACAAGAACGUGGUCAAACUUCACGGUUGCUGCCUUGAGACCCGGGUACCGACCCUGGUCUAUGAGUUUCUUCCCAACGCCAACUUAUUCCAUCAAAUUCAUGGUAGAGGUGGGAGUAACAGCAUUGCCGCUUUUAACCUUCCGUGGUCCAAACUGGUGAAGAUUGCUGCCGAGACAUCGCACGCACUGUCCUAUAUGCACAUGGCCCUCGCAAAGCCUAUCAUCCACAUGGAUGUUAAGCCCACCAGCAUUUACUUGGACGAGUCCUUCACCGCAAAGCUGGCUAAUUUCGGUUUCUCCGUCUCGAUUUCAACUGGUGAGGAUUUCAUAAGCCAGAUUGCUGUGGGGACGUCUGCAUACAUGGAUCCGGAGUACUGCAUAACCCACCGGGUCACGGAAAAGUGCGAUGUUUACAGCUUCGGGGUCACCUUAAUGGAAUUGCUGACAGCGAAAAACCCAAUGGGUACUGAGAGAAGCCGCUACAGAAGAAACUCAGGCAUUCGCGGGGUUGGCAGUGAGAUGCGCAGCGAGCAGAGGAGAAGAGAGACCGACGAUGAGAGAAGUUGCAAUCGAGCUAAGGCGGAUACAUCAUGCUGCUAAGCAAAGGCAAAUAUGACUCUGCAGCCGAAGAUGGAAAUGGUGCUGAAGAAAUGUUCUGCUGUCUUCGGCCGUGGAAGAAAGCGGAAUGAGGCCGAAGAUGCUUGCGAUGCCAAAGACGAGUACAUGAUCCGCAACGGAGCUCUGCUGCUGCAGAUGCAGAUCUCCUCUGGUCACGGAAAAGGAUCCACCAGCGAACCCAUCAGAUCUUUCUCCGCCCGGGAGAUCAAGGAAGCCACCAACAACUACGACCAUCGCCUUAUCUUGGGUCGGAAUAUUUGCACUGGAUACAGGGGAACUCUGGAAGAUGGCCGUGUGGUUGCCGUAAAGUCCCCUCGAGGCCUGCAUCCUAAUGGACAGGACAUCGAUUACUUCCUGAACCAGGUGGUGAUCAAGCAGAUUAUCAACCACAAGAACGUGGCCAAACUUCACGGUUGCUGCCUCGAGACCCGGGUACCGACCCUGGUCUACGAGUUUCUCCCCAACUUCACCUUAUUCGAUCAAAUUCAUGGUAGAGAUGGGAGUAACAGCAUUGCCGCUUUUAACAUUCCGUGGUCCAAACUGGUGAAGAUUGCUGCUGAGACAUCGCACGCGCUGUCCUACAUGCACAUGGCCCUCGCAAAGCCUAUCAUCCACAUGGAUGUUAAGCCCUCCAACAUUUACUUGGACGAGUCCUUCACUGCGAAGCUGACUAAUUUCGGUUUCUCCGUCUCGAUUUCUCCUGGUGAGGAUUUCAUAAGCCAGAUUGCUGUGGGGACGUUUGCUUACAUGGAUCCGGAUUACUGCAUAACCCUCCGGGUCACAGAAAAGUGCGAUGUUUACAGCUUCGGGGUCACCUUAAUGGAAUUGCUGACAGGGAAAAACCCAAUGGUAUUUGUGGAACAGUGCAGCCACUUGGUCGAUUACUUCGUAUGGCAUAUGCAGCAAAAUCAGGUUUUAGGAAUUGUUCAUCCCAGGGUACUGAGAGAAGCUGCCACAGAAGAAACUCUGGCAUUCGCGAGGCUGGCAGUGAGAUGUGCAGCGAGGAGAGGAGAAGAGAGACCGACGAUGAGAGAAGUUGCAAUCGAGCUAAGGCAGAUACAUCAUGCGGCUAAGCGAAGGUGUUCGAUCGCACUAGGAAGAAUCGAACUAAGGCCAUGGCUGGGACUAUGCAAUUAUGCAAUUGUGAGAGAGCAACUCAUCAUAAAGCAAGUCAUCUCAUCACUAUUUUCGCGUGUCAAAUGUUGGCCUCAGUGCGUAGUCGCGAGUCGGGACAAACCAAUAAGGCUCAUGUGGGAAAGUUCCCAACCUUACAAUCCUUUUGGAAUCUACUGGUGCGAUAUAUGAUUCAAGUUCAGUUCUUUUUCUUUCUUU